AUUUAUAACGAGGGAAAUUGCGAUCAAUUCAUAAUUAAAUAUGAUGUGGAAACUUUACAUUAUUGGUUUUGUGAGUUUAUGCUGCGUUUGGUACGCCAACGCAGCUUACAGUUGUACAGGCAACGGACGAUUUCCACAUCUAGACGACCCACUAUGUAAAUCCUAUUACAUGUGUGUAUAUUUACCGUGGAAUGGAAGCUAUGUACAUUACAACUAUACUUGUCCCAGCACAUCUCUGUUUAAUCCAACUACGGCGCAGUGUACGACUAAUUACACCUGCAAUAGAGCGAAGGUUUGCACAGCAGUCGGCCGGAUUCCGGAUCUUUCGACAAAUUGUUCUGGAUAUAUUGAUUGCAUUUAUAUAAACGGUGCAAUCUUUGAAAAUCCAAUUAAAUGUCCUGGGAACAGUUUAUUCAAUCCGGCUUCUAGAGAUUGUGAAUUAAAUUUUUCUUGUACACCUGUGUGUUGGGCGGUUGGUAGAUUCCCCGAUACAAAAGUCCCUGGUUGUAAAAAUUAUUAUAUGUGUCUCCGGCUUGGUAAUGGUACGUUGGUGUCAUACACUAAUUACACAUGCCCAUCUAUUUCUGUAUUUAAUCCAAACACACAGAUGUGUACUACAAAUUAUACCUGUACUACGUAAUGUUUGGAAGCAACCAUUUUUUUACAAGGCGUUAAAAAGUAUAUUUAUUUCGCUUUUCAUUGCUUCACAAAACCAGUAAAAUACUAUAUUUCAAUGAUAAGGAGGGCAACGGCCUUUUGUUUAUAAGCAAUCACUUCCAUACAACUAUUAUUGGGAAAAUUAAAUAAGUGCAAAACUACAACUAAUAUUAAAACACGUUAUUUUCUGUUUUAUGUUAGGGAUAAAGCGUUUGAUAAAAUCUGCUUACAGCAAUGCUUUAAAGGCAACGCUUAAAAAGUAGAGUUAUCGUUCUUCAUAUUAUAUCAUUAAUAAUGUUAUUUUAUCAGCUUCAAUAACGUCUUUAACGUUUUCUGUUAAUAAAAGUUUAAUUCAAUAUUGAUUUUAUAUAACUUUAUUCCUUAUUAGAUUAGGUUUUUUUAUUCACUUCGCUGGCUCUGCGACCCAAUAAGUAUUGGUAUGAUAAUCUUCCAGAAUAACUCCCACUAAUUCUGCAUAAACCAUUUCUGACUGCUUCAGUGAUGUGAAGAGAAGGUUUUGCCGCUAUGUGGGCGAUUAAUCAUUAUUAAAGGAACUAUUGACUCUAUGGAAUCGUUCUAAACUUAAAUAAUAAAGAAAAAAUGAGUUAAUUGUUGUAGUCUAAAAUAUUAGGUGGUAGGAUAAAAAAUAAAAUGAGUCACACUCCACAGACGUUGAACAUAUUAUCGUUGUUGGUCCGUAUUUUGACGACGCAUCGCAUCAGCUGCUCUCCAGUGCUGAUAUAAAUAACAGUAGAUGCCACUUGAGAAAACAGUAGAAUUAUACACACGCUCACGCACAUACCCUUUUACAUUAUCACACAGCACUGCCGAAUUAGAUAUUACCUAUUUAAUUAUUUUUACUUAUCUUUGGCUUUCGUAAAUGUAUGAACCUUUUUGCACUUAUUGUGUAUUCCAUCUUUGGGUAUUUAUUCAGUGUAAUGCUGAUAUACUCCUUCUGCACCGACGAGUGAUGUCGUCGGCUAAAUUUAAAUUCAAUUAUUCAAAUGUUUAUUGAUUUAGAUAACACAAUGUUCAUUUAUGAACGUCAAUAAAGAAAUACAUAAAUAAUGCUAAAUGCUUCUAAUUUUACAUUUAGUGUCAGUUCUCAAAUCAAGGGUGGAAAACGGACGAGGGCUGUCAAUAAACUCUCCGCUACUCUUUUUAAUCGCCAAGGUUUGGUUUUACAUAUUGUUUGUAUGGAGCUGCAACCUUUAUACCAUAUUCCACAUGACAUCUUUUAAUAGUUAAUUAUAUUAAAAACAUAUAAAAAUCAAAUAUAUUUUGUCCACUAUCUGAAAUAGGGCACGCACUUAUAUUCUGGUUUGAACGACACCCAAAUACAUAGUCGAAAUAACUAACAUCACCUAGAGCUAGCCACCGCUAACACACUAUGUAAUUGAGUUGACUGAGUAUUUUUUUGUUGUAUAUAAUUAAUAUUAGCUGGAUUGGUGUAUGUUAUAACGAAAUAAAUAUAUAAUAAGUGGUCCUAGUCUAGGACUAGGCAAAUAUUUAAAUAAAUAUUUUUACACAAUAGAAGCCAGAGUUUUAAGCGGAUGUUAGGCAAGCAAGAUUGGCGUAGGUAGUGUUUUAUAAUUUAGGACGAUAAACUUCCUUUGCGUCGCUUUGCAAGCGAAUAAAAUAAAUAAUUGAAAAUAUCAGUAGAUAUACUGUUAUAACCAUAAAUCUGAUUACACCGCGGGUGUGUGGGCUGCGAUGGUCGUUUAUCGACCAAUCAACAUGCAGUCGGGCUCAAGGCGUAGCGCGCGCAACGCGCUUGCGCAUGUGUUUAAUAUUGUUUAAUAUGUGUUUUGACCGUUGGCGAUAUAAAAUAAAAACAUUGUCUAAUUUAAUAAUUUAUUCAAUAUUCGGUCUACAUAAUCGUACGUGUUCAAUACUUUAGGAUUGUAGACGAUUAGCAUUUAUAUUAAGCAUCAUUCUAUUGUCUAAUAAAAAAAAUAUUCCUUAACAGACUACAGACCAAAAACAUUGUGAUAAGAAUUGCUAGAUGUGAUUGUUUAUAAAUGUUGUGAGUGGUGACGAGCUUAUGGGGCAAUGUGUGUCCCGGGAUUAUCCGGGCCCUUAUGGAUUUACGCGUCAUUAUGACGCAGAGAGCCUCGCAAGCAGUUACAAUGGUUCCACAAAGAAGGGUCACUCCGAGUCGAAAGGGGCUAAGAAGCGAGACAAGAGUGUGAGCAAUGGCAACAAACAGACCAGAGGUGUUGCCACUUCCUUUGGCUUUAGGCGACGUCCGGCCAGCACAUCAAGAGCUGAUGAUAACUCUAGAAAGAAGUCACACGAUAGAAAUGGGAAUGGAGGUUCUACAGAAGAGCUGCGAGCCGAAGAAGUUCUGUCCGGUCGCUCUACGCCCCUCGCUCGGCCGCGGAAGGAAGCUGCGGGGCAACCACUCAGAACUAAUCGGUUCGGUUUCAGGCAACAGCACAACAAGACAGCUAAGGUUUCUGACAUGAGUAUGGCCGCGGAGCAAGCCUUCGCCCCACCGAAAGAUAAGGAAACCGCUAUUAAUAAUAAUACAUUAGAUAAGAAAAGUAUAAAUAUAUCAUACAACAAUCCCGCUCUCCCCACUCAAGUUACUGGAAAUUGUGUGACUAACAUAGUUGGUGCAGCUGGCCUGCCUAAACCUGUCACAAAGCAAACUGUCAUAUUGACUUACCAAGCACAACAGUAUCCACAUGAUGGCAGAAAACCACCAAAAAUCGAACCACCAAGUAUUCGCAGCGCACCCGCGGCUCGGCAGCCUGCCUUCGACGCUCAGAAACCUCCCGGAAAAUACACCUUCCAAACAAACCAACUCCCAAGGCCUCAGUUUCCCGCGGUGAAAACUAUAGAUGCUAAAACUACUAAGCAGGUGGUUAAUAACAAUAGAAAAACGAAUUCGGAUGGAUGGCGAGAAGGUGCAGGUUCGGCAGUAUCCAGUGACUCCGGUGUGUGGACAGGCUGUGAGGAAGGGGAAUUGUCUCCCCGAUCACGCCGCAGACCGCGCAACUUGGAGAUGGUGAUGCGGGGAUCGCAUAACUUCCACCUCAGAGAGCUUCAAGUUGCCGAUUUGGAUAUUAUGGAUGACGCAGUUGUCACUGGGCACGCAGUAAUUCCCCUACCGAAACUACCCAGUUCCUUCACAGAAACUCCAGAAGUAGAGAGUGUCCCUUACAUCCCAUCCCCACCAUCCCCACCAGCCCCCAAACCCACUCCAGUUAAAGAGCCCCAGAGCUCUCCCAUGUCCACACUAGAUAGAUAUAGAACAAGAACUAGGCCUUCCAGAAUCCAGAUGGACUCCAAGAAUGAGGAGAAGUUUGUCUUGGACAGAACACAGCCUGAAGUGUUAAACAAGCAGACAUCAUUCACUAAGCAAUCAAGCGGUGUGGAGUCACCAACAGUAGAUUCUUCCAAAGAGUCGAGUCCAUCAUGCAAGAGCGAAGAGAGUCACUUCGGCAACAGCAGCGCAUGGCAGAGCCACGCCACUGGUGAAGCCAUGGCUAAUAGAUCUCAAGACGACGUUUCCCUUGCUCUCAGCGUGUCGAGUUGUGAAGAUGAUAAGUCCAAAUUCGAGUUGAAGGAACCGAAGCUGGAACCGGAGCCAGAGGUGCCAAGGAAGACAAUCGUCAUCAUGGAUGAGCCCCCCCACCCGUUGCUCAUGAAGUCGCUCACGUUAAGCCAACACGACGCACUGCGGACUUCUAUGAUGGGUUCAAUGACAAGUUCAAACUACAGUACAACAAGCACCUGCACAAACCAAAGCAACCACAACACGUUGACACUCACCCUUGAAGAGGCCAAAUUCGAUAUGUCCGCCUUAGAAGCCUCCACCCAAAGCCUCCUCGACGACGAGACGUCACCGGCCGAUUCCCUGAUCUCGUCCACCAGCACCAGUGACUCGAAUAACGACCUGCAAGUCACAGAGGCUCCAUCUAUAUCCAGCGCCUAUCAAACGGCGAAUACAAAGACGAAAUCGGAACAAAUUCUGGAAGACGAUCUUGAUGGUGUAGUUUUGACUGCUGUUAAGGAGUUGAGUGAAGGUAGUUCGUCGGAUAGUAAGGACGAGACUCCCCCCUCCCCUGGAACCCCCACCCACGCGUCGGGAUCUCUCUCCCUAUCUGACGGCCGGGACUUCUUUGAUGAUGAGAUCGCUGACCAACCUGGUCUGCUUUUUAGAAAAAAUAAUUACGGCAGCCCGUCAGUCAAGAGAUCGGAUUCAGACGUUGGCAAACAAUUAAGAAGAUCCAGAGAUCAAAUAACAUCAAGUCCUCUCACACGAAGAAGUCCAAAAGUAAAUGGUAUCCGUAACCCCAACGAGCGCACAGCAUCCCUGGACACGUUGUCCAGCCUCGCAUCCGACGAUCUAAUGAUGGACAAUGAUCUUGCGCAAUCCAUCACAAGCCUCCAAAGUGUAGAUGAUUAUAUUGAGAGGUUGGACAGUUCUCUUCGUAGCGGUCUUAACUCCUUAGACGAAAAGCAGCUGAGACAGGAGUUGUCAUCUUCCAAGACCGCAAUACGCCAGUGGAGCCAACUGCUGGAGAAAAAUAACAUCCUAGAUCGACAGUUGGCAGCCAUGGCCCAGGGGAAGUCCACAGAAUCGCUCGUUGGCAGCACAAGCAGUCUCACUAAUAUAGGGGCCAGUCUCCCAAUCAGAAGCGCGCGACUUCUCCAACGCUCACGAACGCAAACACCAUCAGAUGGCGCCAGCGAUGGCAGCACUUCACCAGCACCAGCGCCAUCAACGCUUCUUCAAGACGUCGUCGAUAUCAAGACGCUGCUUCUGCAGCUCAAACGGGUCUUACAGGAGCCGGGGGAGGAGCAUCAUACGAUGAGUAGCGAAACUCUCGACCCGUUGCUGGCGGCGUGCGCGGAGAGCCCCGCGCGCGCCAACGGGCGCCGCCCCCCCGCCUCACCGCUGCACCCCGACGCCUGCGCUGAGAUGCGGCGACAGAUAGUCUAUCUGCAGAGUCAGUUAGAGGAGCGUGACCGUCUAGUGCGCGUGCUGCAGCAGCAGAUGCUGAGGAUGGCUGAGAGCCAUGACGCACGGCCAGAUGACACGUGCAAUGUUGCUACGCAGACUGACAGGUUGCGGCCGCCUAUGGGUACAACGCUAACCAGUUCUGAAAAUUCCGGAUUAGUGAGUUGGAAUGAACAAGGGAACGAGAGAAAGCUGCCGUCUUACAGUGAAGCACAAAAGACAAAGAGACCUGUUACCAACGGGGUAGUGAGAUGUCAGUGUGGUGCGAGAAAAGUGAACGGACUAGAUGAGACACAGACAGACAGACUUGACACGGUACACCUAAAACCUAACAGCCGCGUCGGUACCAAGUACCUCCAGGCCGUGACCAACACUGAGAACAGACGGUACAUCAAGAGGGACUCGUCCCUCACCGAAAAGUCCGACCGUAAAAACCUAUACACGAACAGAUCUAGGUCUAUAGAAAAUUUUCAAAAUCAAAACUAUUCCACAGUUGAACUCAAACCGACGGUGAUCGAAGAGACAGGUAUCAAACAUCACACGUCAUACAGCGAUGUCUAUAACGGCAGAAUUAGUAGUAGGGAAAGCGUUAACAGACAUAGCCCGAGUCUCAACGGUCAGUCUACUGACACAGACUACAGCUCCGAUGGCGGAUACAAGUCUCUUCCUUCAUCUAUUAACUACGGUUCCCCUAAGAAGGUUAGCGGCAUUCCCAGGAGGUCACUCGAGCAAAAGUUUAUAUCGACAAAGCAUGUUAGAGCCAGCGCCGUUUGAUCCGCUUCCGGUCUAUUUUUUGCUGCUUUUUGUUUGACAGUCAAAUGAUGGCGGUUGUCACUGUCAGUUUUGGCACAUUUAAAUUAUAGAUACGGUAUUUUGACAAUAAAUGUGUUUCUAUCGAUUUUAAAUUGGUAACAAUGAAUUUUAUUUUGGUAAACUUUCUGGAAAAGUUUGAGCAGUGGCAACUCAGGGAAAGCAAAUAUCAUGGAUCGCUGUCACAAUUAAGUGCUCAUGCGCAUUUACAAUUCCUCGCGACGCUAAUAUUAGUUACUUGGAUGCCAAAUACUUUAACCUGCUUUUGCAAUUUUCGGGGUUAUUUUAAAAAUUUGUUUCCCCAAAACCGUAAACUUGUAAAAAAAAAGUAUUAUUUAUAUAUUUUUUUUAAUUAUUCUGUUAUUACAAAGUUUUGAUAAAUUGUUAAAUAUGACAUUAUAGCUGUAAUCUGUGACGGCUUUUGACACGUCCUCCAAUCAAUAGCUUUAAUGACAUUUGACGUAUAAUGUCGUUGUGUUUAUGAUAUUUUAAACUAUCACUAUGAACUGUUAAUAGUUUAUGAAAAAAAAAACAGAAAAUUCAGAUUUUUAAAAUAACCCAAAUGACAUGAAAUGCGUUGUUUCAAGCAAUUUUAUCAUUGACACCUGUAUAUUAUAGGAUAGUACUGGAAACUAUUUUUCGUAGUUAUUAAUUUAUGCGAUAGGUCAUCUUAGAUUUUCUAUCAUAGACAAAGUAGAUAAUAAAGCUAUGUGAUAAGAG